GAUCAUUCCUUCCAAGACCCUGCAGAUUCUGCUCGUGCCACUUCUCCAUAACUGAUAAAGCCACUGCUUUCGUUCUCUUCUUCUCUCAACACACCUGUACAUGUCUCUCGCUUUAACCCCUCAACGCUCCAAGAAAGCGUGCAUCUCGUGCCGACAACGAAAACGAAAGUGCGAUGGGGAGCAUCCCUGCUCGUACUGCCUUCGGAAUGAGCAUAACUGCGAGUAUGAAAGUAGUAGAAAGAAGGCAAAACUGCAAAAUGAGAGAUCGAAACCUCACGACGACGUCUCUACCUCCAAUGAUACCAUGGAGGUCAACUUGCAGCUGCGCCUGCUGGAGGCAGGGUCCCCUGCUGUAUUCUUCCUUCAUGUGGCUCCGGUUUACAAUUUUCUGGAUCGCGAAUACGUUGAAACUGCCAUCAUUAAAAGAUGGAAAAAUCAGUCUAUAAAUGACAGCCUCGACUCGAUGUUAGGCGGAAUCGCGGCGCUUGGGUGCCUUUUUGGUGGACAAUCUACUGCUCUUGAACUCCAGAUAGUCCAAACUACACGUAGCGCUCUGGAAUAUUCAAGCUCCCUGCCUUGUCCAGAUAUCGACCAUGUCAUUGGAUGGCUAUUACGUGUCAUUUAUCUUCGAGCCACUAGUUCUCCUCAUGCCACUUGGAUGGCGAGCUGUACUCUCAUGCAUAUGAUAGAGACGACAAAGCUUCAUCUCGAACCUUCAGAAAAUUCGAUCCUGGCACAAAGCCCAAGCUUGUGCGCGCCCGACCUUCGAAGACGAAUUUACUGGGUGGCGCAGCUCUUCAACAUAUGGGUGUCGUCAGAUUAUGGAAAAUCUCGAGUCGAGUUACAUGGUGCUUCGUCAGAGCUACCCGGGCAGAUUUGGACAAAAGAACAGCAAGAAUUAUGCUGCUUGUCCUAUUCACUAGCUCGAAAAAUAAAUCUUGAGCCGCGCAAUGUUGGAGACAAUAUUGCAGAGCUUGGCGCACUUAAAGUCACCCAGCCUAUGCUGCGGCUUCUACAAUGCAACAUUGGUUUGUGUUUUUUCCGGCGAGCACGAGCUCUUGGUCAAAAUCUCUCAGAUGAAAGUCUACGUUCGAUCCUAAGCAUGGCAGAGAAUAGCCUACACGUGGUGAAAGGCCUUUCCGAGUCUCUAUGUCCCUGGUGGCAUAUUAUUAACAUCCCAUUUCAGAUUGUAUGCGUUCUUCUCAUCAUCGAUGACGACUCAGCUUUCUGUCUCUUAGUCGAAGCCCUUGAUACUCUGAAAAUCAUCGUAAGCCAGUACAAGACGGAAAUGGUUCGGGAGUCGUACUAUAUUGCUUGUUUCUUGGUCUCUCAGGAACGCCAAAGACGUCUCAGGAAGCUUCAGCUUAUGGACGACGCUUUAAAUGGACACCAAGCCCUAGUUCUGACGAGGCCUACAUUCGUUGCAUCGGAAGACACUGCUCAUAGUCUGGAUGAGCCGGGCGCUCCGGAGGCUACCUACUUCGAUGGCCUGGACCUGAACGUUCCGUUGGCUGACUACUUCUUGUUGGACAACCUAUUUUAUGAACCUGCAAAUUGA